CAGUGGCGCGCCCGAGAAUGCGUUCCACGGGCUGCAACGCCUAUUGGUGACGUCAGAAGCCCGCCUGCUUUCGCUGUGCAGAUGUGGCGGCUUGAGGUUACACAUGUCACCGGGAACUAGGAAAUAACAGGGAGCGAGAGAUGCUCUGGAGUCUCUUUGUGGUGUUGCAGCUGGUGCACACGGGGCGAGCCAGGACUGUUCAUGGGAGCCUGGAUAGUGACGUGGCGUGGCACGGCCGGGGGCAGCAUAUUGUCACCUUCCUAUUCCAUGGUGACCAAGCUGUGUUGCGUGUCAAAAUCAACAAUGUUGCAGCUGCUGCUGGCAAGGAAUCUGCCUUAUAUCUCUACCAAGAUGAGCAAUGGGUGCAAAUACACAGCAGCCUGGAGGAAUAUAGCUGCCCUGAGAGAUUGUCCCUGGCGCAAGACACAAUUCCCUUAAAUCAAACCGAAUAUAACUACACUCUCCCACAAAUGGCAUAUCCCAAAGCAUGGUAUGUAAUAUAUGUGGACAAAUUUACCUGCCUUGUGAAAUAUGAAGACCAAAAAUCAGAUGCUAUCACCUUUGAGGUUGCCAUGCUGAAUCCAGAUGCUGCAGGAAAUCCAUUUGACCACUUUGGAGCUGAUGAGUCAGGACUACAUGAAUUCUUCUUCCUCCUGGUGCUCAUCUAUUUUGUGGCUGCUUGUAUUUAUAUACAGGCUCUCUGGCAAAUGAUGAAGAAAGGUGGCCCAAUGCACACAGUGCUGAAGGUUUUGUCAACUGCUCUGCUCUUGCAGGUUGUGUCAGCCUUGGCAAAUUAUCUGCAUCUCUCCAGGUAUGCUACAGAUGGAAAAGGGGCACCUCUGGUUGGAAGUUUAGCUGAACUAUGUGACAUAGCCUCUGAAGUGCAGAUGUUGUACUUGCUUCUUAGCUUAUGUAUGGGCUGGACACUGAGCAGAAAAAAAAAAUCCCAGGGAAAACCCCUUCAGUGGGAUAGAACACCAGCAUCCACUGGGAUUGCAGUUCUUGCUGUCUCUGCCCAGGUUAUAUUACUGGUUUGGGAGCUGUUUGAAGAUGCCAAUCACCAUAGUUUCCAUGCCCAUCAGAGCUUAGCAGAGAAUCUCCUGAUUGCCAUGAAGAUUUGCUUAGCCAUAUCUUUAGCCUGUGGAUUAUAUCAGAUUAUCACUGUGGAAAGAAGCACUAUGAAACGGCAGUUCUAUAUCACUUUUGCAAAGGGUUGUUUCUUGUGGUUUCUGUGCCACCCAUGUUUUGUUGCUAUUUCUUUUCUGUUUAAAGAGUAUCAAAGAGAAAAGGUUAUUACUGUCGGUGUCAUCGUUUCUCAGUCCGUGUCCAUGAUUAUCCUGUACAGACUAUUUUUGUCUCACAGUCUCUAUUGGGAGGUAUCUUCCCUUUCAUCUGUCACACUGCCUCUAACAGUAUCUUCAGGACACAGAAGUCGCUAUUACUCUUGAUAACCCAGUAGGUGAUGUUCACCAAUUAAGGCUACACUGCUCAAAUCUUCAAAAUUUGGGAAGAUUUUUUUUGCUGCCAACUGAAGAGUAAAGGGACCUGAAGAUCUAAAAAAAAAGUAGAGUUAUGGUAAAGAAAACUACGGAAGCGUGACAUUAAUAGAUCUCAUCGUGGAGCAAAUAUGAGCCCAGAUUUAGAAAAGUCCACAGUCAUUUCUAAGAUCCUUCCUGAAUUAUUUUGUGUGGCUAAAGCAGUGUUGCCCAAACUGUAGACCAGCAGAUACUGAACUGAAUAGACCUUAACAGUAGAAUGUUACCCUCAAAGGAAUCCAUUCGAUCACCCAUUUUUUUAAGAUGCAACUAAACUGAUGAGUGAUGUUUAUUUAGCUAUAACAAUACAUACUGUAUUUUAUAUUUGUGUAAAAUACGUCCAUAUAUAAGAGGAACAUUAUUUUGACAAGGCACCUCUGAAAAGGACCAAAGUACUGUAAGAGCUGACUGUUAAAACAUUCUCUGCUUUAAAGAGAUGAUGACAAGAUAUCGUGUGUGGUUUUUUUUAAGUUAAUUAUAGUUAACUUAUUUUUUCUCUUUUAAAAGGAGGUUGGUAUGGCCAGCUAUAUGAGUGCAUUUUGUAACUUAUUUCAAGUUUGUAAGCAGCCUUCAACGUUUCUAUGGUUUUAUGUUGCAUGAAAGACUAAGUUUGCAUUGGCAAGGUCUGGUUUUAAAGUACUGUGGUCUUGUUGGCUUAGUUUUGGCUAAUAUGUUUUAUCAACUCACAUCGAAAAGUUUAAUUUCUAUGUAAUCAAUUUAACAACAUACUGUAUUUGUUUCCUUCCUUGAUAUCUGUCAAGCUGUGUGUUCCUACAGAGAGUCUACUUUUAAACAGAGCAUUAGCAGUAAAGUGUUAGAGCAAGAUUAGUGGUAAUCUGUCUGAUGGUCAGUUUAUUUUCCUGCAGCAAGAAAAUACAUCCUGGAUUUAGAGGACCUAAAAAUACUUUAUGCAUUAUAAAAGCAAAAGUUCAAAUAUCAAGGAUGACUAUGUGUCACUUUCUUUUGAUAGUAAUGAAAAGCACAGUGAUAAGCCCUUAUACUGCAAUUGUCCCCCACAAUGCACUGUUGACCGUUGUUGGUGGUGGGUUAUUGUUGGUGCUUCUCAUUGCAAUGAGAAUCAGUCAUUUUAGAGGAUACUGAUCAUUUUUAAACUCAAUGUAUGCCAACGUACUAAAAAGAUUAUUUUUAGGGAAGUACAACCAGUAAACAAUAUUUAUGGAUGGAUGUUUAAAAACUCCAUUGUGUUUGAGACAUCCAGGGGCACAUUUACUUAGCUUGAGUGAAGGAUUAGAAUGAAAAAUACUUUGAAUUUCGAAUUAUUUUUUUGGCUACUUCGACCUUCGACUUCGAACCGAAUGAUUCAAACUAAAAAUCGUUCGGCUAUUUGACCAUUCGAUAGUCGAAGUACUGUGUCUUUAAUAAAAACUUUGACCACCCACUUCGCCACCUAAAACCCUACCGAGCACCAAUGUUAGCCUAUGGGGACCUUCCCCAUAGGCUUUCUAAGUAAUUUCUGAUCGAAGGAAAAUUGUUCGAUCGAUGGAUUAAAAGCCUUCGAAAAGUUCGAUACGAAUGAUGUAAUCGUUCGAUAGAACGAUUUUUCCUUCGAUCGUUCGAUAUUCGAAGUCGAAGGAUUUAACUUCGAUGGUCGAAUAUCGAGGGUUAAUUAACCCUCGAUAUUCAACCCAUAGGAAAUGUGCCCCCAAAUGUUAUUUGCUAAAAUAAGUAGUUUCCAACUGGAGUCCUGUGGGCUGGAUGUAGAUGCCAGGACUUGGGACAUACCUGGACGUCUUAAAUUUAAUAUAUUACAGUUCAGUGUCCUGGUGUAUCUGAUUCCUAGUCCCUAAUUGGCAAAAGCUGGACAGAAGCAGUUUUCAAGAUACUUGUAACAGUUCCUGCAUGAAAGGGAAUAUCAUUGUCGUUAGCUAGUGAACUAAGUUGUCUGCCCUACAUACUGGGGAACUGCACAACAUAUACUGGGAUUCACAGCACACCUGUUGUCUCUCACUGCUAGGUUUCUGUGCACACAAUAAGCUAAGCCUUUUGUGGCUGUCUGAAGGAAAAUAAAGGGGAAACCUACUUAUCGACUGGUUAUUUUAUUUCAUUCUCGACUGGUUAUUUUAUUUCAUCAAAAAUCUAAUUUGUGAAGUUUAUUUUCUACUUUGAAUAAACUCAAAAUUAAAAAAA